UUGAAAUAGAAGUAAUUUGUCAAUUGUAAUUAAACUCAAUUUUUGUCAUUUUUUACUGCGAAAAUGAAUUAUAAUUUUUAGGUAGCAAAAAUUAUGACGGUCAAACCUACUUUUUGAAUACAAUUGUGGUUAAAUUAUCAAUACAUCAUCAAAAGAUGUCAACUAAGCUUUCAACCACGUCAGAGGCGAAGAAACCUAUCAAAAGAAGAUUACCUACCAAUCCAAAAGUAACCGCUGAAGAAUUAACCAAACGAAUCUUAUUCUUCCUUAUUGAGAACUUAAUUUCGAUUAAUAAAAUUGAUAAUCAAUGCUUUAGAAGUUGUAUCACCAAUAAUGAAAUAUCAUUCAUCCCAGAUCUGGAAACAUUGUUCCAUUUGACUAAUGAAAUCUUCAAUGAUUUCCAAAUAUAUUUCCAUCAUUACUUUUCCAAACCAGAAACAAAUUUUCAAAUCUGUUUAACUUUACAUAAAUGGUUACCACCCAAUGAAAUCAAUCCCUUCAUGUUUGUUAACCUUCAUUAUAUUAAUCAAGGGUUUAAGUUAUGUGAAUUGCCAUUGGGAUUGUUUGAAUUUGAUGAUAAUAACUUUUCCAUCUUUUUAAUUAAUAAUGAAAAGAUUUUGAAUAGAAAUCUUCAUUUUGUUACUACUAAUUUCAAAUUAUCAGAAGUUCAAAAGGAUUUAUUAAAUUACUCGAUGAAUAAAGAUAAUAAUAAGGAUGAAAUUGAUAAUCUGAUCUUUUACUGUUUACCAAAGAUUAUAUUAGAAAUGUUAGGUCUGGUGUUUAUUGAAUUACAUCAUGGUUUGAAAUUAGAUCAUAUGUUAGAGAUUUCAAAUUGUUUAGAUUAUAAUAAUUAUUGUUCAAAUGAUGGUUUAUCCCAUUUAGUUCAAAUGUUCUUGGGAAAUAUCUAUAUUAAAUUAAUCAAACUUGAUUUUGAAUCAUUUGUUCCACUGCCAGAAGAUAAGAAUAAUAUUUAUUUUGAUAUUUUAAAUAAAAACUGGUUAAAAUCAAAGAAAUCAUUUACAUUAACCUAUCUUUCUGCCAUAUUAUUUUAUAGAAAUUCUAUAAAUUCAUCAACUUUAACUGAACAAGAUUGGGAAUUGAUUACAUUUAUUUAUGAUCUUACUAUAAGAUUUCAAGAAAUCAUUUGCUGUUGUAAUGCGAAUGAAAAUCCCAAUGUUCAUAUGUUAUCAAAAUGGUUGAAGAUUGCCAUAAUUCAUGUAUCUACAUUUUUGAAAUGUCACCCUUCAAUAUGUAAUAUUAAAAUUGACUCAGUUUUGAUUCUGUUAUUAGAUAAUUUAAAACAAAUUCAUAAUAAUAUUCAAGACAAUUUCAAUAUGAUUAUUUCCAGUUAUUUACAUCCAUCAACUAAAAGAUAUCUUAAUGAUCAACAAGUUGGUAAAAUCAAUAAUUAUGUUGGAAAAUUAACGUCGCCGAAUGUCAAGGGUGGUCAAGAUAAAGAUAAUAAUAUUCUGUUAAGUAUUGAUAAUAUUGAUGAUAUGAUAAUGCAGUUAUUUGAUUGUAGUGGGAAAGCAACUAAAGAAUGUUAUAAUUAUGAAACUUCUUCAACUAGCGAAAUCAAAUAUUCUAAAAAUUCAAGUUAUAUUGCAAAGGAAAAUGGUCCAUUUCUUUUACAAUUUUGGGAAAAGAAUCAAUAUAAGUAUAACAAUUUAUCAAAACUUGCAUCUAAAUCAUUAUCAAUCCAAUUAAGUACCAAUCUUGAAUCUAUUGAAUCCUUCAAAAAAUCAUUUGCCAAUUUACAAACGUAUGAUCAUAAUUAUUCCAUUCAAUUUUUACAACAAUAUUACGUUUUACAUGGUUUAAGUAUGAAUUAUGAUUUACAAUCAUUUGAUGUAAAGAAUUUUGAUUCGGAUAUUGAUAAUUUCAGAUUAGAUAGACUGGAAUAUGUUGAUAUGGAUAUUGAUUCUAGUUUUGAAAUUGAUAUUAAUGAUUAUCAAGGUAAAAGGUUUAAAAAGUGAUGUUUUUUUUUUGCAACUAUGGUAUUCCCACCAACUUUCUCCUCCUCUUCAUACCUGAUCGUGCCCAUACCGAAAUUUGAUUCUGUUGCCAACUCCUUUUUUUUCUGGUGGGUGUCUCCUUUUGGUGUGUGGGAUGGGUG